UUUAAUCCAUUUUUCAUUACAGUAUGCGAGCAUCCUUGGCAAACACAUGAACAGAAUAUUCUGGCAUCAUAUUCACAGUGUUCAGAAUUCCAAGACCAUGGAGUUCGCUGCACUCCUCAUGACCCCAUCGAAUGUACUGGUAGAAAUCCGGUCUGUGUGUUCUCGAAACAAACCAAAGACUAUCGCUGUUGCUCGGAUGUCCCACAAGAUUUGAGCAAUCCACCUGGUAUUCCGGAGCAAGUCAAACCAAUUUGUCCAUACGGUGCUUCGUCUUAUGAUAUUCCAUCAGUGCUUUUGUGUGAUCCAACGGAGACGGAUGCAUGUCCAGAGGAAUACACAUGUGAACAGGCAGUAAAUCAUCAAAUGUUGGUUACUUACAAUAUGCAUUUGUGCUGCAAGACGUCUACACUGGAUUCGUUCGAAAAUGUGUUUUACGAGACAAAAGUGGGAAUCAAUAAAAUGUCCGCGAAUAUAUCUAUGCCAUUGUUCUAUGUGACUUCCAUCUCUCCGUCGAUCAUUCCGCAUGCUCCUUUGCGAGGAAUCGAUUAUAUCGUUCUCAAUGAGCAUUCUGCAACGAGUACCAAUAUACCACCGGAAAUCCGUACUGGCGAUCAUUUCUCCAUGCUACCUUACCGUUUCCGGAAACCUGUCUAUCUCAAAAAGGUUGUGUUACUACACGAACAGAUGCGCAAUGAAUUUCAUCACGUUCUCGUCCUUUACAAUCCACAUGGCAAUCCUGAAGCGAUGAAUUUCUACUACAAUAGGCCAUCAUCGUUGAGCAGAGAUAUCGAUUUAACCAUACCAGCAUGGGACGAAGGCAUUUUCUUCAGAAAUAUGAACAGGGUGCUCACAAUACAGAACGAUCAGAUCUCUACAAAACAAGUGAGGAAACUCUACAUCGUUCUGGUGUUCCUAACGAAGGUCCGCCUGACAGUGCGAAAUCCACAAACGUGGCGUGAUUUUCAUGCAAACUAUACCUCCUUUACGGAACUCUUAUCAAGUGAAACAGGAAAAUUCCUUGGAGUACCAGUUGCAGGCAGCUACUUCUACGUAAUAAAGUUUCGGGUAUUAUAA